AUGGGCCAAGCAUAUAUUUGUCAUUAUGAAGAUCAUUGGUUUGCUCUUCGAAAAAUAGGUACAACAUGGUUCGUCCUGAAUUCUUUGUUCAAAACACCUCGAAUAGUUUCGGAAACUUUUAUGGAACUUUACAUUACACAGCUUUAUACAGAAGGUUGGUCAAUUUAUCUGGUUGAGGGACAACUUCCUUCUUGUGCUGCCGAUAAUGUGCCUCGAGAAUUUUGGAAUGAAGCUAGAAGAUCUCGCAAAUUUGAAAAUGAUUUGGAAAAGGCACUUGCUUUAAGUUUGAAUGAGUCAGCACAACCUUGGAUUGCCUCUAAUUCUCCUGAUGACGAGUUGACUGCUACCUCAGCUUCGCUCUCUAAACAAACUGAGGAAUUGGAACUUCAGCGGGCCCUUGAGGAAAGCUUGCGUGAGGCAAACAGAUUAAAAUCUUUAAAAACUGCUGAAUCCUCGAUGGUGCAUGAAGCGAUGAAACAAAGCUUACAGAAACCAGAAGAUUCAGCAGCAAGUACUUCAACGUCUGGAAAAUGUCAAUCAAAGGAUGAUCAGAAUUCCCAAUCAAGUUCUAGCAGUUUAAGAAAAUAA